CUACUGCUCCAUCGACUCACUACCCGAUUCCUCCACCGCGAAGCACCCCCGAACCUCAGCCCAGGCCGGGGAGCACGAGCCCGCCAGCCACCUGCUCUCCCCGUCCGAACGCGCCCCGCCCCUUCAAAGGCCCCAGGUCCUGCUCCCCGCAGCCUUCACCCCACACACCAGCCCCAGCUCGUGCCAGGAACGGUGGGCAUCAAGAUGAAGGCGGCACGCUUCGUGAUGCGCAGCGCCGGCUCCCUGGUACCCCGCGAGGUCGAGCAUUUCUCGCGCUACAGCCCGUCCCCCCUGUCCAUGAAGCAGCUGCUGGACUUCGGUUCAGAAAACGCAUGUGAAAAAACCUCUUUUGUGUUUUUGAGACAAGAGUUGCCUGUGAGGCUAGCCAAUAUCCUGAAGGAAAUUUAUAUCCUCCCUGAUGGAUUAGUAAAUACCUCUUCAGUGCAAUUAGUUAAAAGCUGGUAUAUCCAGAGCCUGAUGGAGUUGGUGGAAUUCCACGAGAAAAGCCCAAAGGACCAGAAAACAUUAUCAGAUUUUGUAGAUACUCUCAUCCAAGUUCGAAAUAGACACCAUAAUGUAGUUCCUACAAUGGCACAAGGAAUCCUAGAGUAUAAAGAUGCCUGUACAGUUGACCCAGCCACCAAUCAAAAUCUUCAAUAUUUCUUGGAUCGAUUUUACAUGAACCGUAUUUCCACCCGGAUGCUGAUGAACCAGCACAUCCUUAUAUUUAGUGACUUACAGACAGGAAACCCAAGCCACAUUGGAAGCAUUGAUCCAAACUGUGAUGUGGCAGCAGUGGUCCAAGAUGCCUUUGAGUGUUCCAAGAUGCUUUGUAAUCAGUAUUAUUUAACAUCUCCAGAAUUAAAGCUCACACAAGUGAAUGGAAAAUUUCCAGGCCAACCAAUUCAUAUUGUGUAUGUUUCGUCUCACCUUCAUCAUAUGCUCUUUGAACUAUUCAAGAACGCAAUGAGGGCCACAGUUGAACACCAGGAAAAUUGGCCUUCCCUGACACCAAUUGAGGUGAUUGUUGUCUUGGGAAAAGAAGAUCUUACAAUUAAGAUUUCAGAUAGAGGAGGUGGUGUUCCCCUGAGGAUCAUUGACCGUCUCUUUAGUUACACGUACUCCACUGCACCAACGCCUGUGAUGGAUAAUUCCCGGAAUGCUCCUUUGGCCGGUUUUGGUUAUGGCUUGCCGAUUUCUCGUCUCUAUGCCAAGUACUUUCAAGGAGAUCUAAAUCUCUACUCUUUGCCAGGAUACGGAACAGAUGCUGUCAUCUACUUAAAGGCUUUAUCUUCUGAGUCUGUAGAGACACUCCCAGUCUUCAACAAAUCAGCCUUCAAACAUUAUCAGACGAGCAGUGAGGCGGGUGACUGGUGUAUCCCAAGCAAGGAACCAAAGAACCUGGCAAAGGAAAAAGUGGCUGUGUGAGGAGGGACCCUCAGGACGCUUAAAGGGAUCAAAGUGGGUCUAUGCCAGUGCUGCUUCCUCAAUGUUUGCAUGUGAACUCUUGUUUUCUCAAAAACAAACAACAGCAACAAAAACUCCUUGGUCAGAACACUGAUGUGAAGAGGAAGAAAGCUCCUUUCUGUGACCCAGGCGAGCACAGUGCAGGACUACAGGGGUUCAUGGCUGGCCAGCUCUUUAUUCUCUUAACUUAGAACAAUGUAUGCGUUUAUAUCAAAUCCUGAAGAAGAAAUAAGCCUCAGUGUUCCAUCUCUUUAUCAGCAAGAAUGGGAAAGAGUGAGAAGUGAAGAUGUAGGCUAGCAGUUUCAAUGACUGAUAUUUUAGGCCACUGGUUGAUGUUACAAGAUACUGGUAUUUAUGGAUUAUCAAGUGUCAAUGUACCAGUACUUUCCUGUCAUUCAGAGGACUAGGGCUUAUUUUAUACUACAUGAUUAGAAAUGUAUGUAAACAUACAUUUCAUAUAUAUCUAUGCACUCUAGAGAUGAAAAACCAGUGACUGAAAUAACAUUUACUCUGAAUGAGGAGGAAUGAGCGAACACAUUUUAUUCUAAGUUGCAGCCAAGGCAUGGGCCUAUGUAAAAACUCAGAAAAAGCCCCUUCUGAUAAAUACAGUGCCUUUAUUAUGCUGCUUUUCCUGUUCACACCUCAAAUAAGAAGUGAACACUUAUUGCCAGGUGCCUUGUCUUGGUUGAAUUUUAAAAUAUGCACUGAUUUCAGGAUGUUGGCGGUUGGAGGGAGAGAAGAAUUACCAAAUUGAUAGCAAAAUCUCACCUUGCUUUGUUUAUAAAUGAAACAGAAGUAGAUUGGAAAAACCAGUGUUAGGGAAAGAAAUCAUGCAUUCAGAACCUAACUCAGUAGGAAGGGCUGUUCUCUACACUGCAGUGGUGGUAAUCCAAAGGCAUCUAUUUUCUAGGCUUAAAAAGAUGUAUUUUUUAUAUAUUUAAUUAUAUUCUCUACACUUCACCAUUAACAUG